AUGAAUAGAACACCAAGUUUUCGAUAAGCUGCAAAUAAAGAAAAUUUGUUUAUAUAAAUUGCAAACAAAAAAUCUUUAAGCAUGACUAAAAAAGAAAUUAAAAUUGAAACAUAUAAAUAUGCAGAUGAACAUUAUGAAGAUUUAAUAAAAAAAAUAUAUUAACUAGAUUAAGAAAAUCAUAAACUUAGAGAAUUAUUGAAGAAGUCAAAUUAUUUACAAUUUAAAUUUGUAGAUGUGUCUAAGAGUGACUUUGAUUUUCACUCUUUUAGUGAAAUAAAAAAUAAAAGUUUAGAUGUAUUAUAUAAUUAAUAAUUAGUUAAGUCUAGAUGAAUUAAAAGCUAUAAACUAAGGAAAAAGUAAUGAUUUAUUUUCAUCAAAAAAAACAUCCACUCCUAGACAAAGUUUAGCAGCAAAAUAAAUAUCAAUAUAAAAAUAAAGAAAUACUUUAAUAAACUCAUACACAUAAGAUUUAAUAUAAGAGUAAACCACAUUUGAUUACUAAAUACCAGAUGAAGUUUAAGAGCAAGAUAAUUGUUUAUCAGAAUUUUAUAAAGAAUUACUUUUAAAUGUAGUGAAUAAAGACAUGAAAAUAUUUAAAUAUAUAGAUUAAGUAGUAUAAUAGGAAUUAAAAUAAAACUUCUAAUAAAACUAUUAAAAUUAUGAUAAGUAAAAGAAUCUGUUAAGCAAUUUAAUUUAAUUACUAAGCAAUAUGUAAAAUUAUUGUAGUGGAGAACAUCCAGAUAAUCAAUUUAUAAUGAGAACUUAUAAAUCUAUGUAGCAUAUGAUUGAAUCAAUGUUUAGAAUGUUUGAAAAAAUGAAGCUUCACAUUUUACCUUUAAACAAUAUUUAACUAAACUUUUAGGAAAGAAUAAGUGAGAUUGAUAAACUUUAAGAAUAAACUGAAUAAGCCUAAAAUUAAUUAAGAAAAGCAACUAUAAUAAUUGAAAAUUUAAGUUAAGAGAAUCUUUAAUUAAAAAUACAAAAUAAAGAGUAUUAAGACUUUUUUACAUAAAUCAGUUAUAAAUUAUAGAUAAAUGAAGAUACUUCUUAGUUAAAAUAAAGUUUAGAUUGUUUGAUGAAUUAAUGUAUAGAAGGAAUAAUCAAAUUACAAAAUUAUGAAUUUUAAAAGUGUCGACCUAUAGAAAAAAUAAGUCCUGUAGAAUGGGAUUCAACAGAUAUAUAAUAAAAAUUAAAGAAAAUAGAGGAGAAAUAUGACAAGUUGAAAUAAAAAAACAAUAAAAAUAAAGAAAAGUUUAAAUUUUGUUUAAAAAGAAUAUAUAAUUGCUUUGAAUAAAAUAUUAAGCAAGAUAAUUUUGAGAAAUUAAAAAUUGAAGAAUAAGUAUAAUUAUUGUGUUAAACAAUAAAGCAAUUAAAUACUUAAUGA